AUGGUGCCUAUCAAGAUCCGGCUACCUCAUCCCUACCUGACUACCUACUACCUGAAGCCAUCUGACAAGCUUCACAAUGGAACGCAGCUCUUUCAACUGCAGCAGGCUAAGCAAGAGGGGUCACAGUCAUUUCACCAGGCUUUAGACAACGACAAGCUAUACUUUGAGGCACCACAUCCGGCCAACCCAGACGAAGCGAUCUCAUCCGCCGACAACACUGCUUGGGCGCGAGCACAGCGCAGCCCGUCAUGCCUUUUGAGAUGGGAAGGUAGCUCUGUACCAACGGUGGGCCAAGUCUGGCUAUUUCUCUACGCGACGUUUACGGUGCAUGAAGAGAUAGAGACGUUCCGUCUCCAGCUUCAAGGCCAGAAUGCCCAAGCUUUGGCGCAAGCUAUCCGACUCUCAAUGGUGGCUGUUGAUCACCCAAUGCCCGUAAGCAAUACUCUCCAGUGGAAGUCCAUUCCAAAUGAGCUGCUGGUUUUGCGCAAUGCCUUCUGGCAAGGAUGUGCGUCCCCUUUGGGCUCUCAGCCCAUCUGGCUCCCGAAUUGGAACCCAGCUAAAGCGGUCCCUCACCUUGACUUCACCAUGACCUCUACUGAAACCUCGCAUCGCCGUCACCCUCGCCGUCACCCCAAGCCCACCCCCGGCUCUGUUGUUUACAGUCGCUACAUACCUUUUCUUGACGAACAUUUCUCGCUCGUCGCAUUAGACUACCAGGACCCUGAGCACUUGAACCUUUUCCACACCUGGCAAAAUGACCCUCGUGUCGCUAAGGGCUGGAAGGAGACUGGUACCUUGGAUCAACACCGUGACUACUUGCGCCGCCAACACGAAGAUCCUCACACCCUCACCGUCCUGGGUCGCUUUAACGAUACCCCAUUCUCUUAUUACGAGAUUUUCUGGGCAAAGGAAGAUAACAUCGGUGCACACUACACAUCGCAAGACUUUGAUCGCGGCCGCCAUACUCUUGUUGGAAAUGAUGCAUUCCGCGGCCCCCACCGUGUGAUGGCAUGGUGGCCCAGCAUGAUCCAUUACUGUUUCCUUGAUGACCACCGUACAGAGAACGUGAUUGGAGAGCCGCUUUCGAAUAAUGACAAGGUGCUGACCUAUGACUACACAUUUGGUCUGCACCAGGACCAGAUCAUCGAUUUGCCUCAUAAGCGGGCUAGUCUGGUGAAGUGCACCCGUGAGCGAUUCUUCCAGAUUUGUCCAUUCAACCAGGGGAGUCCUCAUAUUGCGGGCACCGGCCUGGCUUUCAAGCCUCGGCUAUGA